CUGUGAGACCUGGGCUCAGGCCUGGCCUCCAUCACGGACCAGCUCUGUGGUGAUCAGCAAAGGCCCUCAGGGCGGAGUGGGGGUCACGAUGGGGACUGGCUGAGGCAAGGCGCGGAGUGUGCGUGGUCCCGCACCUGCCAGGAGGGAAGACGUCGCGGACGGUGCCAGAGUUGUUUCCCCGAGGCGGUCUCCCAGAUUCACUCCUAACGGGCUCACCGAAACGAGACUAGCUAUUCCCCCCGCCGGCUCCCUCAGCGGCUGGGCACCCGAGGUCCAAGCCCAGCUCAGAGUCCCGGCCUGGGAAGCGGGAGUUUCUGUGUGACCAGAAGUACAGUGACGAAGAAAACCUGGUGGAAAAGCUCGCGGCCUUCAAAGAGAAGUACAUGGAGUUUGACCUGAACAAUGAGGGCGAGAUUGACCUGAUGUCUUUAAAGAGGAUGAUGGAGAAGCUUGGGGUCCCCAAGACCCACCUGGAGAUGAAAAAGAUGAUCUCAGAGGUGACAGGUGGCGUCAGCGACACCAUCUCCUACCGUGACUUCGUGAACAUGAUGUUGGGGAAGCGGUCGGCUGUGCUCAAGCUAGUCAUGAUGUUUGAAGGAAAAGCCGAGAGCAGCCCCAAGCCAGUUGGUCCCCCUCCAGAGAGAGACAUUGCCAGCCUGCCCUGAGGACCCCCGUCUGGACCUGCCCCCCUGCCUCCCCCCUAAUCCUGCUGCCCUUCUUGACUCAUUGUGAUUUGUCUUCUUUGUUUUGUUUGGUCUUUGUGCGUUUGUUUAUUUUUUUUAAUCAGCAGACCGGUGAUCACUUUGUAAAGCACAAAUUAUCUGCCUUCAAGGGGCUCUGGGCCGGGGAGUUCUGAGCCUUGGUACCCUCCCUCUGUUCUUCCCUCCUCCCCCCUUCCCUGUGCUGACCUGGCCCUGGUGAGGACCACAGCCCACUCUCGGAAGGCCCUGGAGUAGGUUUCCUCGGACAGCUCUGUGGUUCCGUGCUCUUAGGUUGUCUAGGGCGUGGCCACUCAGUGUCCCAUUUCCCCAGCUGAUUCCGCCUCAGUCCACACUUCUCAUCCUCAGGGAGGUGACAGAAGGAGAGAGGGAGAGAGCGGCUUGGCAAUCUGAGCCCUUCCAGAAGGUUCCAGAAGGAAUCCUCAGGCCUUGCCUGCAGCCACACCUUUAUGGGCAGCUCAGAGGGAAAGUGCAGCCCCCUUGCCCUUUGCCGGGGCAGCAAAGGGGGUAGAAGGGAGGCGAGGGGCCUUGGGAGGCGUGUCAGUUCAGUCUGGUGGCACCUUUCGGGGAGGAUGCUGAGGGCAGCAGGAUAGGAAAAGGAGGAAUAGAGUACUUAUGGCAAAAAGUCAGCCCCACUAAAUUAGCCAAGAGCUGAGAAACAGAAGGUUGCCUUUCUGAUCCCAAUCUGCUUGAAACCUGACUGUGCCCCCCCCCAUUUGCCUUACCACCUUACAUCAUUCAUUCAUUCAUUCAUUCCCCCAUGUAGUCAUUCAACAGAUAUUUAUUGACCACGUAUUAUAAGCUUUAAGCCUCCCCACUUUGUCCCGACAUGUGCCUGUCCUCUCACCCCUUUCUCCAUCCCAAAACUUUGAGCUUGAGGAUUGGAUUGGGGUCCCUUGUGAUGGACUCCCAGUGUUUUAGGACCCUGAUCUGCUCUGUAGGUUAGCUGGACCGGACCUCUCGUUUCACAGGCGAGAAAACUGUGGUGUUCACAGGGAUUAAGUGCCUUGCCAAGGGGUUAAUCAGGAGACGGAAGUUUGGACUGGAACCCAGGUGUUCAGAUGCCAUUGCCCAUGCCUCGUCUCUGCCCUGGGCUGUCUCAGUCAGUGAUGCCAACGAGAGAAGGUGCAGGGAGGGGAAAUCUCCUAGGUCAACGAUUGAGGAAGGCCCUGGGCCAGGACUCACCUUUCCCAGUGCCUCCAGGUCAGCAACAGGGUUUGGGUAAGGGCCAGGGUGCUCUCCAAUUCUGCCUUCCCUAGAGCUUCUCUGCCAAGCCAUUUCUCAGAACUCAUACAGGAAGGUGUCAACACUCAGCCCCAUCUUGGCUGAGCAGGGACCCCAGCCCUGACCCCAUCUGUUCCGGAGUCCCUUAUACCGCCCACUCAGGACUUAGAUGCACUCAUCCAUUGAACAUAUUUAUUAAACACCUGCUAUGGGCCAAGAGCCAAGGACCCAGAAGUGAACUGGACAGACUCAUAGAAUUUAGAGUCCUGUGGGGAAGUCAGACCCAGGCAACGACGAGUGAGGUGAAUGUUAAGAAAGAGGGGACUAUGGGGUGAUUGCACUGCAGUCCUGGGCCCGAGACUGAGCCAAGAGUCUUGGAGAAGUCUUCGCCAAUCGUUAAGUGGAAACGUCUGGGUGCUGUUGGAGGGGGGAGCCAGUGUGGGCUCCCUGCAUCUCCUUAGUGACCCAUAAUCAAGGGCCCAGGGAGCUGCCCUUAGAGCAGCUUGGGGGAGUGGAGCAGGUGGAGGAUGGGGAAAUGCCCGGUUGGGUUAAUCUACUAGUCUCAACCAGUUCAGGAGCAAGAUUAUUUGGCCAUGACUGGCUGAUCCUCAGCCUAAGGAGCUGCUUCAAAUGCACAAGCCUAGUUGAAGUUUAAACCCCAGCAAAACAGUUCUCCCUGCAAAUGUAAAAUCUUGCUCCAUCACCUCCUCUGCCUUUCCCACCCCCCACCCCCCACCCCGGAGAUCAUUAGGUGAACAGCUGCCUGUCCCCACCCCUUCCCACUGUCCUCUCUUUGGGACAGGCUGAGACCUUUGAGCAAGGUAAUACCUUCCUUAACUACCCAUUAUAGUCAGCGUAACUGUUCCUAACUAAAGAGAGGAGAGCAGAAGCAAUCAGGCUUACUUGAGUAGGUCCCACAGUUUAUAAGACUGUAGAAAGCCUCCUUUGAGGGAGGGGAGCAAGGAGGUGUGUCCCCAGCUUCUGGAAAGGGCAGGAAAGAAAGUUCUCUCGUUGGAUGGGGAGCAUCCUGGGAAACGCCACCAGUUCCUCCACCAUUUCCUAGAGGGAGAGGGGCUCAAAAGUGGUCCCGGAAAAGGGGGUGUGUGCAUGUAUUUCAGAUCGUGGCUAUUGGCUCUAGGACUUACUUUUCUGGCUAAGGGCUCAGCUUCUUAGAACUUCAGCUGUCUUUUUUCUGAAAGACCAAAUCUAACUAAUGCAACCAGCAACUUGGGGACUGCCAAGUAUGGCUUUGUCCCUGUGACUCAAAAGGAAGGAGUUUGCUAGGCAAGUUCAGGUGGAUGAAGUGUGUGUGUGUGUGUGUGUGUGUGUGUGUACGCAUAUAAGUGUGUGUGGUGCUGGCUAUCAUCUCCACGGACUAGAAAUAAAACAGACAAACUUA